ACGUCUCUGACGCGCGUCUGCAGAAGAUCAGUGUGGUGUUUCUGAUGCCAGCGUGUUCCCUGUCCGCCGUCAGCAACCCUGUAGAUUACAUAAUGCAGGAGAACAGAGACCCGCGGCUCAUGCUGGAUCUGUCCCAGGGUUCAGUCUCUCCAGAGAAACUCCAGACGCUCAUGUGCCAGCAGAGGAAAGUCCUGCAGCGCGCCGUCCAGUUUCCUCAGGUGCGGGCGGUGCUUUACUCCACCUGUUCUGUUCACCCAGAGGAGAACGAGGAGGUGCUGAAGACGGUCCUCUCACAAACACAAGAGAAUCACUCCACAGCGCCGCCCUACAGGUUGAGUUCUCCAAGUCUCCUGCAGGACUCUAUCAUUGAAGAUGAUGAGGAAACAGAGGAGAUGAAGGCCAGAUUCUUCAGACUGGAAGCAUCAGAUCAUAGUAAUGGCUGUUUUUUAGCGCUGCUCACACGAGAGCCUCAACCAGAAGUGAUAGAAAUGCCACAAGAAGUGCUCGCUCGCGCAGCGGCUAAAGGCCUGUUAGACGGCCUCCAGCCAAUCAAGAAAGAAGGCCGAGGCCGACGGUCCCACAGAGCACCCGCCAAUCAGAAACGCUCUGUGAAGACACGCCCACACGCCACACAGAGCGACCAAUCACGCGUGGUGGAAUUUCUGAACCGUGAGAUGAAAGGAAGCAGCUCAGAGCCGACACUGAGUCAGUCGCCUCGGAGUCCGGCACACUACGAUAAACCAUCUAGUUCUCAACGUCCCUCUCAGAGCGGUUUCUCCAGGACAGGCUCCGCCCCCAGCCACGCCCCUUUCUCUAGUUUGACUCGUUUGGCCGCGGCUGCGGUUUCCACCAAUGAUCAUCACUCCUCCCCGCCUCCCGCUCCGCCCAAAGGCCGACAGGAAGUGCUUCGGCCGGCGACCGUCACGUUUCCUCCUGUUCUGUUGUCAAGCGACGGUCUUCUUCCUCAGAGGUGGAGCCACGCCCUUCCUGCCCGGCCAAGCCCCGCCCACACAAACCUGCAGUGGCGUAACUCGACACCAGCUCUGCCUCGAAGCCAAACGCCGUACAGACUGAAUCAUCUGCGGCCGUGGCUCUGACACGCAUUAGUCAGCAUUUCACUUGCUUUUUUAAAAUGUACGACUUUUUAAUGCCAGAUAACUAACUCAUUGUUACUAAACUAACACUGCCAUCAAAACAUGCAUAUUUUGCAAUGCCACGCGAGUUUAAAUGCAAAUAAAACAUGGAGAGACACGUUUGUUUUGAUGUAAUUUAUUUCCACAACAUGAUACAUUAAUAUGGUGUAAAAAUGAGUGUCUUUAGUGGUCGAUCUGGUUUAAAACACCAUUCUGUGAAAAAUAACAUUCCUGUGUUUGUUUGAUAUCUGACGCUUAUACUUUAGCAGGGAUUCCUCAUGUAGCUAUUCCUCUACGCAAGUACGCAAAAUCUCUUAGCAAAGCAAGCUCUGUUCAUGCAUCACUGUGCUCCACUGUUCAUAAUGCAAUGCAAGUAGGUUUUGCAUCUUCAGCACUGCUACAAAAGGGCGUUACGGCGGGCGUUAGUGUAAAUCGUACUCCUCUACGGUUUCUCAAGGAGUCACGGUGGAGAAAUGGUUUUUAGAUGGUGUUGCUUUUUUAAGGUUACUUUCACAAUGUGGGAUUUCUUAAUGAAAAAAAUAAGCAAGGGACUUUAUUUUACCAUUAAAAAAUUGAUGCAAUUAUGAAGCGGCUGUUACACACCAAAAGGGCACCAAAAUAAGAGGGUUUUCUGAAGUGGAUCCAACCAGCUAUUCAAUGGGAAUGAUCAAGGUUAAAUCAACACUGAUAUUGUGAAGCGGUUUUAUCAUCAAGUAAAAUUUCAAUGUUAAUUAUGUAAUUUGUUAACCUUUUUUUAAUAACGUUUAGCAUUAAAUCAAUGUAUUUCGACCACAUUUUACAAUGUUGAAGAUCUUUUAUCCAGUAAAAGCUCUUAGUGUAAUUGUA